GCUGAACAGACCGUCUGCUAAACAAACAAUGUUCUUAGCUUGGUUUGAAGCAAAUCAGAGGUAUCCAGAAGCUAGAGAUAUUAAGUAUGCAGAUUUUCCACAACAAUUCGUGUACAAUGAAAACUCCUUGAGGUGGCAGCCUAGAAAAAGAGGGUUUGCAAUUGGAAGAAUUAGAAGUGUUCCCCCAGGAAAGGGAGAAGACUAUUACCUAAGACUGCUACUUAAUAUUCAGAAAGGCUGCACAAGCUUUGAAGAUAUCAGAACUGUGAAUAACAACAUUUACCCAACAUUUAGAGAUGCAUGCUAUGUAUUGGGAUUAUUAGAUGAUGAUAAAGAGUACAUAGAUGCUAUCAAAGAAGCAAGUAUAUGGGCAAACGGAGCUUACAUCCGAAGGUUAUUUGUUGUCCUGUUGAUUUCAAAUAGUUUAACCAGACCAGAACAUGUUUGGGAAAGUUGUUGGUCAGAUUUGUCGGAUGAUAUUGCAUACAAACACCAACAACGUCAUAAUAAUCCAGAUUUGACUUUAUCAGACGACAGCUUGAAAAAUUAUGCUUUACUUGAUAUUGAGAAAAUCAUGCAAAGCAACGGUAAGAGUUUACGUAAUUAUGACUCUAUGCCGCUUCCAAUUGAAUCGAUGUUAAAUGAAAGUGGAAAUAGGUUAGUACUCGAUGAACUAGAGUAUGAUGUGUUUGCAAUGCGUGACGAACUUGCAAAGUAUCUCUCUACUAUCACCACAGAGCAGAACAAAGUUUAUGAUACAAUCAUGUCUGCUGUAACAAACAAGAGUGGUGGAAUGUACUUUUUGUAUGGUCAUGGUGGGACAGGAAAGACAUUUAUAUGGAAAACAUUAUCUGCUGCAAUUCGUUCCAGAGGAGAAAUUGUUAUUAAUGUUGCAUCAAGUGAUAUUGCAUCCCUACUACUUCCCGGCGGUAGAACAGCUCAUUCUAGAUUUGGACUCCCAAUAAUUGUACAUGAGGGUUCCACUUGCAUCAUCAGUCAACAAAGUCCACAGGCAGAGUUAUUGAUGAAAGCAAAUCUUAUUAUAUGGGAUGAAACGCCAAUGAUGCAUAGAUAUUGUUUCGAAGCACUAGACAGCACCAUGAGAUCUAUCUUACAGUCGGAUGAACCUUUUGGUGGUAAGGUGGUCGUUCUUGGAGGUGAUUUUAGGCAAAUUUUGCCGGUUAUUUUAAAAGCAUCCAGACAAGAUAUUGUUCAUGCCACGAUCAAUUCAUCACCUUUGUGGAAAAAUUGUAAAGUCCUAACGUUACACAAUAAUAUGAGACUUCAAUCUUCUGUUUCUUCCUCUACUGUAGAGGAAAUAAAGGAAUUUGCAGAUUGGAUACUAAAAAUUGGUAAUGGUGAGGUUGGAGAGGAAAACGAUGGUGAAGUUUCAAUUGAAAUUCCACAUGAUAUGUUAAUUCGUGAUUCGGACGACCCCUUUUCAGAGUUGUUGCAGUUUGUUUAUCCAGAUUUCUUAAGUAAUAUUUUACUCCAGAUUACUUCCAAGGUAGGGAAAUUCUUGGACCGACUAAUGAAAGUGUGGAUUUUAUUAAUGAUUAUUUGUCGUCACUCAUCCCUGGAGAAGAGAAGGAAUAUUUAAGCUCAGAUAGUAUUUGCAAAGAUGAGGCAACUUCUGAA